AUUUGUUGUAUUUUGACUCCACCAAUCGGCACCAGAUGUUGUACCUUUUGUCAGUCCUUACAUUAGUGCUUAUCAGUGAGGAGGCGUUAUCUACGGACUACUGCAACAAGGAUCUGUGUCUGCCGGAGAUAACGCACAUCGCUUGCCGCAAUUACGGGGACUUUGAUGAGAGCUGUGGCAGUAGAGCGCUCAUCAUGAAGUUUCCCAUGCACCUGCGUGCCCACCUGUUGGCCGUCCUGAACGAUUUCCGGAAUACAGUGGCCAAGGGCCAGUAUCCGCACUUGCGUCCGGCUGCCCGGAUGGCAACACUCCGGUGGCACGAGGAGCUGGCCGGAUUGGCCAAGUUUGCAUUGAGACGUUGUGACUAUAUCGACGAGUACUGCAGCAAUACGGAUGCGUUCAGAUAUGUGUCGUAUAUAUAUGGCAGUACCAAGUGGUUGCACAUGGAGAAGGACCCCGUAUCCGUUCUGGACUUUGUGCUGCAGUUCUGGAUGGACGAUGUUAGGGGCUGCACGAUGGCACACAUCAAUGCCGAGAAACCGGCCAAAGAUGGGCAGUGUCGCGGCUACUUCACCCAGCUGGCCCAAGAUUUGACCGCCCACGUCGGCUGUGCGAUGAUGCUGCGAAGAAGCCACACAAGGGGACUCUAUCAGUACGGAGUGCUUUGUCACUUCUCACGCGGAAAGAUCGCCAAUGAGCUGGUUUACCGGGCCAGUGCUCAUCCGGGAAGUCGCUGCUAUGCGGGAACCCACUCCAUCUAUGAGGGGCUCUGCUCCCCCGAGGAGCAUGUUAAUCCAAAUGCCCUGCAAUUGGGCGAGCUCAAUUGAUUCGGCCACGCUGCAUUUAAUAAAUUUAGCUCUUAGGAUAGCUGUACACUUUA